UGGCGCUCAGACCUGCCUCCACCCAGACCGCCAGGAGACUGGGAUUACUGCGUCUUCUCUUCAUGGAGACCUGCUGAUGCCGUGAGGGUAGGCUCCACACUAACAGGUCAUAGGUCGUCCGUCCUCUUGGCAGCAUGAGCUGGGGGGCGCUCUACGCCCAGCUGGGCGGCGUCAACAAGCACUCCACCAGCCUGGGCAAGAUCUGGCUGUCCGUGCUGUUCAUCUUCCGGAUCACCAUCCUGGUGCUGGCCGCCGAGAGCGUGUGGGGCGACGAGCAGUCCGACUUCACCUGCAACACGCAGCAGCCGGGCUGCAAGAACGUCUGCUACGACCACUUCUUCCCCGUGUCGCACAUCCGCCUGUGGUGCCUGCAGCUCAUCUUCGUGUCCACGCCGGCGCUGCUGGUGGCCAUGCACGUGGCCUACCGCAAGCGCGGCGACAAGAGGACCAUGCUGGCGUCCAACGGCACCGAGAAGAUGAACGACAGCGACCUGGAGACGCUGAAGCGACGGCGCCUGCCCAUCACCGGGCCGCUGUGGUGGACCUACACCUGCAGCCUGUUCUUCCGCCUCAUCUUCGAGGGCGGCUUCAUGUACGCGCUCUACUUCGUGUACGACGGCUUCCAGAUGCCGCGGCUGGUGAAGUGCGAGCAGUGGCCCUGCCCCAACAAGGUGGACUGCUUCAUCUCCAGGCCCACCGAGAAGACCGUCUUCACCAUCUUCAUGGUGGCGUCGUCCACCAUCUGCAUGGUGCUGAACGUGGCCGAGCUGUGCUACCUCAUCGUCAAGGCGCUGCUGCGGUGCUCGGCCAGGUCCGGCAAGGGGAAGCACGCCUUCGCGGAGAGCGUGGCCCGCGACAACAAGAAGAACGAGAUGCUGCUGUCCUCCUGCACGGACUCCUCCAGCAACAAGACCGUCUGCUGAGCGGCCUCGCCUCCAUCGCCACAGACACCAAACACACCGGCCGGCUCACCUGGACCCUGCGGGGCUGCCUGGGCCCGGGCCCGCGGGGGCAGACGUGCAGAAAGCGCGGCGCCGUGUGUGUUUCCUACCCUAUUGGCCGCCGCCGCCGGCCCAGUGUUCCUCACCACCAUGGAUCUGUCGCCGCUCCACCAGAAAGUGUUUCUCUGAAGAGCUGCUCUCCUCCAGCUGGAAGCUGGGGUUACCUGGGCUUGGAGCAGAGAAGAGUGAGUCUACACCGCCACCUUGUGGUGACAGGCGGACCUGCGCCCCCUCAAGCACCUUCCUCAAAGCCUGAAGUUUUUUUUUCCUGAAGUUCCAGAGAACCAAUGAAGAGGUGGGACGUGAAGGAGAAGCUGUUAGAGUGUAGUUUACAGCGGUAUAGGUUUGCUUUCUUUAAUCCAUCUGCUUCUAGUAACUGAUGACAAAUGAAAAAAAGACUUGAUGAUCAGUGUCACUUUGAAUCAAGUGAGCUUCUAGUUUUCAAUGUUUUUUGUGAUUAGAACUGAUUCAGUUUGCAGAACACUUAGAAAUGUGUUUUUGAAAAAUGUGUUUAACAUGAAGAAAAUCCUUCCUGCCAAAUCACAACACUUUUUUAGGUUUGAUGCUCGUGUUUUAUGUGUUUUGUCACGUUUGAUCAAAAAUAUGCUGGAUUUUUUUUUCCACAAAUAUUGAAUAUUUUAAAGAUUUUUUUUUUUUUAAAGAAAUGUUUGUUACAUUAUGAAAGAUGUUUUCUAUUCUUUUAGCACAUGUGAAACUGAGAAACUGGACAGUGGGGAGCUGAAGAGAGAAGAGUGUUAAUUUAAUAAAACAGAUGUGAAAAUAAUGCUGAGUGAUGUACUGUCCCCAGGGAGGAGGACGGACAGGCCUGUCCUCGGCCUCCGUCCUGGUCUUUCCUGUCCUGCUGAGCUGCUGGCAGCAUGGACCACAGAGCCUCACGUCUCGGUUCCAAACACUUUCCUGUCAGUUAUUGUUAUUUUUCCCCUCACACACCAGAGCAGGCCCAGCUGCAGCUGGUUGCUGUCGUUGCUGCAGUGUGUGCUGACCCCUGCUGACUGUAUCAGCUUUCGGUGUGUCUCUUAUUUUAGCCUCCACACUAAUCACUGCUCGCUGCUCUCUUAAUGUGUGAGACCAGGGCCGGUCGGACAGCCAGAAUGUCUUUGUCCUCCUCCUCCCUCCAUCCCUCCAUCCAGGAAUAGCCCGGCUGGAUUAGUCCCUCUGUGAGGGCUGUGUUGCUGCUGAAGUGACCACAGAGUUUUGAUUUGGCUUCAGAGCGACUGUGUCAGUCUGACAUUAGAAGCAGAAAGCCGGGAUCAGUCUGCGUUGGCGUUACAUAACCCCGGCACAUGAUGAAUUCUGCUCAAAGUUCUGCAGGAUCACCGACUCACUCCAACACCAACAUGGUCUCCACGGCUCUUCUGCCUCGACUUUUCACUCCUGGAUCUCCAGUAUCUGUGGCAGCCUGAUCAAUAAACUCUCAAGGUGUGUGAGAAUGAUUUUAUUAGUUCCUUUAAUGCACAGCGGCAAACGACAUGAAGGAGCAGCUUUCACAGCAAAAAAGACAAGAAGACAUGAGACGCUUGUGACUGUUCAGUUCCAGAUGUUUUUCUUUCACUUUGAUCAUUUCACUUGAGCUGUUCUGGAUCAAUGUUUCAUA